CAGCGGGGUCAGCCGAGGGCUCCGGGGAGAACAGAGAAGACUUGUUUGUCAUGCAUCACUGCACGGGGAGCUGCUUCAUGCACAGACGGUGGACAUGGGGAGAAAGUCACAAGUGAAAGGACUUCAGGAUGUUGAUGUGAUCGACAGCUUUUUGGACAGUUUCAAGUGGAAGAGGCCAACGGUGCCAGACAUGUUCACAGCCGCUUCCUUUCUCGUCACCCUUGUCCUUUACGUCAUCGCCAUUUCAACCAAUCACUGGGCAGUACUCAACUCCGGUGGAUACCGUGUCAACUUCGGACUGUGGUCCGGGUGUCUCACUGACAAGGACGGCCAGACUACCUGCUCGUCCAAGGUUCUCCACACUCACGUGGUCGACCACAGUAAAGUGGGUGACUGGCACCGGGCUCCGCAGGUGUUUAUGAUCCUUGGUCUACUGAGCUGGUUCUGGGAGGAGUUUGCCAUCCUAGCCCACAUGUUCCUGAAGCCGGGUGCCGCAGGGAGAGAGAUAUUGGCGGGGGUCAACGCCAGUCUCACAGCGGCCACUGGCAUAUGUCUACUGCUGACUGUCGUCAUGUUCAACACCGGGGUCAGUUCUGUACCCGAUGUCCGUGUGUCCUGGUCCUUCGUUGUCGCCAUCUUGGCGCUGAUUCUGACUGCGGCUACAGGGGCGACGAUGACGCUACCCGCCUACAUCGAAGGCGUCCGACGCCAGCGGGGACAUGGUCAGGACACAUAGACCCAACAGCAUGUAGGGACGAACUAGUUGAUGGACGGAGCUAAACUCAACUGUUACUGGUUGAGGACGGCUGACAGAGGUCUGCGAUCUACAACUUAAUAGUAACUUCGUUUUAAAUAUGUCUAGUCCAUUCUUGCUGAAAAAAAUCUUUAAAUCUGUAUCAAUUGUGCAACAAAGAUGUAAAGAUUGUUUUCAGCAAGAAUGGGCUAGGAAUAUUCAAAUGGAAAAUGUACAUAUCCGUAUUCACUAUAUAAACAAUAUGAGCAGUGUAUGAAAAUUUAGAACAGCAUUAUCGCAAUUUCGAUGUGAUUGUUAUGAUCUAAUGUUUUAUAAAAAAUAACUAUUUCAUGCCACUGGGAACCAAUUAUGUAGAAUGUAUAACAGUAAUGAUAUUGAAGACGAAUUCCAUGUCCUUCUCAAAUGUACACAUUAUAGAGAUCUAGGGAAUCGUUAAAUUCCAUUAAACUAUACGUCCUGUCCAUCAGCUAAUACUAUUUAGGAGAUAAACCUACUGUGUUUUGAAAUUUGAUGUAGUCCCACUGUAGAAUAGAUACCUCUUUAUUAUAAUUUGGAACCUUGCGCUAAAGCGUUAAAGCGCUCGGUUCAAAAUUAUAAUAAAGAGGUAUCUAUUCUACAGUGGGACUACAUCAAAUUUGGAAACACAGUAGGUUUAUCUCCAUUCUACCAUGACGGCAACCUCGCUUUGAAAACGGCGCUCUCUUGCAACGAGUAAUAACACAGGUGCACAGGUCCGCAAUCAAACAUUCCGAAAAGUGGUCACAGGUAGUUAUAUAUGUAACAAUUAUGACCAAAGUUCAAGAUUAGAAACACCAUAGUCGUGAGUAUUUCAUAAUAAGUGUUCAAUACACAUAGUUUUUCAAAAGAAGUUGACAAAUAACUCUCCUAACCUAGUCCAAAGAGAGAUGUUUUAAUUUCCGACAAACUGUUGUACACUGUUGCACACUGUGGACUGACUGUCAUUUCUCGGAAUUUUGUGAGAGUUAAUUUCUGGAAAAUCGAACAUGCCAUCAUUUCUAUUGUAGGGGUGACGGGUAAUAAAAAAAGGUUUUAAAAUGCUAAACGAAUGUAUUUCUACAGCAAACUUUAUAAAUAAACAUUCUAUUAUACAUUUAA